GAAUAUUUUUAAUAUUUUUUAGACUGACGAGGCAAUGACAUGGCAUGUUGACUAACGGUUAAUGGUGUUGUCAUCCAAAUUGACGGUCAAACUAGGUGUCGGGCCAAUUGAGUCUUUAUGUUACAUAGUUGAGACCAGGAUAUUAGUUUCUGAAACCACAGGUCAAAAUUGAUUAUAUGGUCAUAGUUCAUGCCAAAAUAAGGUAUUAACCCAACCAAAAUCGAACCAAUUAACACCUCUAGUUUCUCUCUGUCUCUGUAUGAAUCAGGCGAUCGUCUUCAGUCACUAGUAUGGAAACGAACAUACAAUACAAAGUCAAUUCGGAGAGGAAACGACUGAUUUCGUUUCAUUUCUCCCAAUUUAAAAACAUAAAAAUCAAAUUAGUUAGCAGCAGAAGACAGUAACGACCCUGCUUCUCUAAAAAGCACCAACACCGUUUGAUUAACAAUAAGAUCUACGGCUAUUAGAGUCUUACCCAAGUAACCUUUUAGUCAUCACUCAUCAGACUUCUUCCCCAAAUUUUAAGUGGAUGGUUUUCUUUGCAUCGGCCGAUAAUCUGUAACAGCCUGUGCCAACUGGAUGGUGACGUGGAGCAGGGAUGAAGAUAUAAAUAGCAGAAGAAGGGAGUUUUUUUUUUUUUUUUUUGACAAAUCAUAUCGACUUUUAUUCCACCGUAAACAACCUCCACGCACUAGCUAUUACAUUUUUUAGAGUAGAACAGAAAUUAGAUCAAGAAUAUUAAUCCAGUCUUCUGGUAGAGAAGAUUUUGCUUUUGAUCGUGCAACCCAAUCAGCUCUGACGUUCAAUGCCCUCGGAAUCUCUUCCACCGAAAUUGCUGGGUUAGUCCUGAGGAUAUUAACCAUUGUUCUAAUCCAGGCUGCGCAUCUCCAGGGCCAUCGUGAGUGAUUAAUAUUCAAGGCCUUCACCAGAACCUGACAGUCAGAUUGAACUGUACACACUGAUCCAUAUUCUUGUGCUAAUUUAAUUCCUUCCAAAAGUGCCUUAGCUUCCGCUUCAAUCGGGGUGGAACAAAGAAGAUUUUCAGCUCUCCCAUCACACACUUGUCCAUGGUGGUUAACAACAACAACACCAUAUGCCGCCGACUGGGGGUCGCUAAAGAACGACCCAUCACAUUGAAUCACUCUCGAGUGAUUACUUGGCGGUGGAUUCGUAGUGGGGUGGGAUCCCCUGAGCUGAUUGGGACCAUCAGAACCUUGAGGUGGGGGCCUCGGGCAAGCAACCCAUUCCGUGAGCUCUCUAUAGGUUUGCAGACAAACGUUAGGGGGCCAGGGAACGCGAUUCUUGAAAGUGCUUUCAUUUCUUGCCUUCCAAAUAUUCCAGCAAAGGUAGAUAAUGUGAAUGAGGGAGUUUUGAGGGAUGGUAUCUUUGAGGGAGCAAAACCAAUCAAAGAACGAGGUGCCCUGAGGAGGGUACGGAAUUGAUGGGAAGGUGCUAUUCCAGGCCUCAUUGGCAUGAGGGCAGUAGAAAAGGCAGUGGUUGAGGGAUUCGUUAGGGUUCUGACACACAUGGCAGUUUGGAUUAGGAGCACAUCUCCUUUGGAAGAGUCUUGCUCUCGUUGCCAGCCCGUUUCUGGAACACCUCCAGAUGAAGAAUUUUAGCUUUGGUGGGAUGUUCAGUCCCCAGAUCCAUUUCCACUUCUCUUCACUGCCCGUUGCCUGGAAACUAUUAUUGGCAUUAUGAACAGCGUGGUAGGCUGUCUUGACCGAGAAGGGAGUUCAUUGGAUAGUUUUUGACCAAUCAUCUCUAUUGUAACAACUUUACCAAAUUAAUUAGUUAGAUAAACAAUUCAGACUUUUCUUCUUCCGCUGUAAACUCUCUUCUCUUCCAAAAUCUCAAUAAACUCGCCAGAAUCCCUUCUAGAUCCUUACAUAAUCGCCUUUCAUUUGCCAUCCUCAAUCUUUUUUGUUUUCUUUCGUUUUUUUCCACAUACACAUUUUGCUCAGAAAUUACGACUCAUCAGUAAUCACCAUAGCUCUGCCGCAUUUACGCGUUGAGGAGAAAUUAGCAAGAAAUUACCUGUUAUAAUUAUAAGCUGAGGGUGAGUGGAUGAAGGACAGAGCACGAGAUAUAUGGAUCCAAACCUUUUGCCCGGCGCUUUUCUUGGAGUGCUCUUGCAGGAGCUGUGCAGCGCGAUCAAGCGCUGCACGAAACCUUCCGUGACCCGGGUCUCCACUCUGUGGUUCGUGGUGGAGACCCUGGCCGAAGGAGUGGGCGAGCUGAGCUGCAAGUUCAGCCAGAUGGGUCAUUUGUACUCGGGAGAGGAGGAGACGACACUGAUCGAGCUGCUGGAGAAGACCGACGAGCUGAUGGUGGACUGCACCAGGCUCCGGUGGUGGAACCUCCGCAAGAAGCGUCGGUUCGCGAAGCGGCUGGCGGCGGUGGCGGGGUCGUUGGAGAAGCUGCAGGUCGUGGAUGCGGUUUGUUGGGCGGAUGAGUUAGUGAAUCAGAUGCUGGAAGUGAAGGAUCAGCUGGUGCUGCUGAACGCCAAGCUGGAUUCCAUGUAGCUAGGAUGCUCUUUAAUCUUUAUCCUCCCGCUAGGAUUCUUUGUCCUUCGUUGUAUAUUGAUUCUUAAUUGUAAUUAAUCUCUUGGAUGUAGUUCUUGUUGCAUAUAUUCUUAAUUGUGAUCAUAUCUUUGAAUAGGUGUUAGUUUGUUAGGUGUAUUCCAGUUUCAAAUACUUAUCAAUCGACAAUCUUUGUGAACCUUUCGACUACUCAAAUAAUUGCUUUGUUCUUGC